GCUGGCGUAGACCUAUAUAAUCAGCGGGAGCCGCGAGCGCGGAGCCAAACGAGCUACGACGAACAGCCUGCCAGAGGGUGCUGCGAGCGUGUAAAGGGCACCACUCACGAAAGACAAAGGGCGAAGACCACCAGCAAGAGGACUGCAGGAGUGUCCGAGUGCGGACAUGAGGAGUUGGUGAUGUCCUGAGGCCUCCCGGUGCAUGUGGAGCCGCGCGGCGCUGUGCGGCUGCGGAGGGCAGCCUCCAGACAUGGUCACGCUCAACAUCUACCCGCAGGACUGCAGCCUGCACUUUUCCAUCUACUGCAGACACGAGCAGGUCGCGCUGAUCGGCGGCUUUCCCACGGCCGACGUGCUCGCCAACUGUGCCUUCAACUCGAACGCGGCCCUCGACUCCAACUGGCUCGCCCUCGUCAGCGCGCUCGGCUUCGAGAUUUGCCGAUUUUCGGACAACUGGGCCCUCGUCUGCGAGUCUGUAAAAGCCACCAGCUUCUUCUUCUUCCUGGGCGUUGGAGGGUUCGUGUGCUACAAACUGUACCAUCAUUACUGGCCGAAAAACCCGCCGGACUCGCCGCGCAACGCAAAACGUAGCAUUUUCACUUCCACGGGCAAGACCUUGAAAAAUUUGUACCAAACAAGGCGACACCUUCUCGAGUCGGGCGAAGAGGCCCCCUACGGAUCCGUACAAAGUAACUACUUCGGCCCGGACACAUCAUGCGACGACGCCGACUACGCAGAUAGAUACAACUGCAUAUCCCUCUCACAAUCGGAGGAUGAUGAAAGCAUCUACUCUGAAUCUCAUCUCAGGGACCGCAGGUCGGCUUCCAAACGCUGCAGAAAUGGCUUCCGCAGUAUGUGGGGCGGCCGCAGAGCGAGCCAAACGCACACCAGGGAGGCAGCCAACAAGGGCUGGCUCCUCUCCAGCAUCAACGGCUCCAUCCCCCCACUAUCAAAUCCAAUACAAGUUCAAAAGAAGGGAGCAAGCUGGCCGGUGACGCCGUGCAAGGGCGACGACAAGCCCAACCUGAAAAAGGCUCAAAGCUACCUGAACUUCGCGGAGAGGAUGGCGCCAGACGGCGCCGAGAGCAGCAGCCUUGAAGGCUCCUAUCCGUGCUACCCAUCAUUGCCGAGGGACUUUUCUGUUGACUCGCUCGGCUUCUCGUUCUCCGACUACGAGAAGCACGGCUCCAAGUUCCACAGGGAGGGUUCGUUCGAGAGCACGUGCUCCGACUUCAGCAUCGAGUGGAGCGUCAAGGAGACCGACGACUCGGCAACUGUUGCCUGCCUUGAAAAACUGCAGCAGGAAAUUGACCAGCUAAAAAACAACUGCCUGUUGAUGGACGAAGACUUUGAAACCAUCAAGUGCAACCGGAACGUGCCGGGAAUGUCUAGCCUGAUGACGGAGGCGCCGAACGAAGAAUCCGAGCGAAAAGCGUGUUUUGCCGGCCUUUACAGCCUCACCUGCAUCAACAAGAGCAUUUCCUCUGAGUUGUCAGACAUGGCUCUGAUCAACUGCAGUCAAGGAAGCGAGCAGGCGAAGCAAUUGGACUCGCCAAUUGCAGCUGCGACGCAGCAGAUGCACAUAGGCAGAGGAUACUACUUGCCAAGCCAAGAACAGCAGAUGUCUCUGGGGUCUGCAUUUAGCGAGGAAGACGAACUGAUGGCCCACCUGGAGUGGGACGAAGACCUGGACCAGCAGCCCCUUUUCGAAGAGCGAGACGACGACGCCGGUGACGAGAAACUAAACUGCGUCGCCACCUUGGAGUUGGAUUUGGAGGCCGAGCUGAGCGGCCAAGACCUUAACCUUGACAAUAACGAAAACCCGACACAAAGCCUCCAAUCUGUGCAAGCCGAAACAAAGAAACCGGAGCUCAAGCUGUUGAAUUUGCAGCCGCCCAAUCUGCUGCAGUGGAGCUCAGAAGAGUCGGGCUUCAUGGAGUGGGACACUUCCUCCGAGAGCCACCGCACCCUCAGCGACUCCUCGCUCCUCUCCAGAAGCUGGAUGAGUGGUGCGAAAACCAGCGAGCUGGUCACCCCCGAGUCUGAUGCCUUUUUGACCCCCUCCUCUGAAUUACCCACCCCCUCCGAUGUGAGCCCGCCGCUGCAGCCAAACAUUGGCGACAGGGAGCAAAUUCUUGAGUAUGCUCUAAGGGAGUGGCACGGAAACACGCUCAAAGCCCAGAGGAUGCUCAAGGGUUAUUCGGAAGUGUCCGGAGUUGUAGGCAAGCAAUACAUCCGCCGGAUCCGCGGCGACAACUACUGCGCUGUGCGAGCGGCGCUUUUCCAAUGCCUUUCGACGAAUUUGCCCGUGCCAAAGGGCGACGCCACGUUCGCCGCGCUCGCCAAGGCCGUCGGCAGCGGCAGCUCCUGGAUUCAAGACUGGCAGUUCGCCGGACGCCUCCCUUACAGGGGCAACAACGUGCUCCACGGAAUGAAGCAGUGCCUCGACAGCUUAGACAACGUGUCGACACUUUUGAGCGAAACUACAAACCGUGAGAGCCUGUUGGUGAACAUGUUGAACGCGAACGCCAGUCUGGACCUGCAUUUGCUGGAGGCUGUCAAGCUGCACAUGAUGGCGACCGCCCUGAAAAUCCACGAGCAGAGCGUCACCUGCCCUGACGAGCUGCCCCUUUUCGCAAUGCUGAUGUUCGCCAGGGACACUUCAGAGAACCCCAGAGACUUUAUGAACAACCACCUGCAAGUUGUCGGCAACAGCGGAGGCCUCGAGCAGGUUGAAAUGUUCCUGCUGAGCCACACGCUAGGCGUGAACAUCAAGGUGGUUCGACCAAACUCCUUUGGCACCGAAGACUUUGUGUGCAGCUUCGGCAAGGAGGAGACAACGCCAAGCGAGCCGAGCAUCGUGCUGAUCGCCGAGGACGACAGGCACUACAACGUGCUGCUCUAGCAAACGACGCUUAUUCACUAGUUGGGUAAAAAGAGGAAGAAGAGUUUUGUUAUGAUUGUGAUCCUUAACACUGCUGGAUUAGUGCCGUGACUUUUCCUAGAUCUAUUCGUUGCUAACCUUGAUUUUACUUUUCUGUGCUGAUUCUGUAGACUUCUUUGUUGACUUGUCAGGAAUCUGGUCAGUGCGUUGAAAAGGCUUGGCAACAAAUUCUGUACUCUAGCGCCUAGUUGAGCAAAAAAUGUUCCUUUAUCUAAGCCAACGAUUACACAAACUAGUGAUGUUCAAAUAUGUAGUUAGCGGCAGCAGACUGUGUGGAUGAAAAGCUUUUAAACGCAGCCCAUUAAAAUGAUACCUCAUCCGAGUAAACUGAAAAUAAAAGUACGCGGUCGCAAAUAAUCGCUGUUUACGUUUGCCAGUGGCGGUCGCUUCUCUCUUUUUUGUAAAUCGAUGCCUUACCUUUCCUAAUCAACAAAGUGCUGGCUGGUUUGCUCUCCGCGUCGGAGUGGGUAAUUAUCUGAAACUGUUAUAAGGCUGCUGGAAUGAUCCUACCGAGUAAAUUUAGUCCCCUGAGUUCCUUUUGACCACACUUUGCGACCUCGAGAGAGAGGCUCAGUAUUUUUAAGAACUUAAUUUAUUAAUUAUUUAUAAUUUGCCGUCGAUGCGUGAAAAAAGCCGCCACUGAAUUUUAAAAAUUUAUUAUACUGUUAGUUUUGGAUGAAAAGAAAGUAUUUUAAAUGAAAAUGUAACAAAUAAAAACAAUGAAAAUGCAGCAUAUAGGAUGUAUAUUUUAAAAAGAAGAGCUCGACAAUUAUUUUUGUGACUGUACGAUGACACAUUUAUUUUCCAGUUGAAUGGUGUGCACAAAUAAUAUCGUUUCUCCAGAGUUGUCCAACAAUAUAAUUUUAACUUAUGUGUUGUGCAAUACUUUGCUUUACUCUCCCGUACAAACAGGACUGGCCAAAUUCAUUUCAUGUCUGUUCAAAACUGUUAUACUAAUAAAUAGAUUGUUAAAACAUGUUCAUUCUAAUUCA